UUAAUCUAAUAGGAAAUGUACAUACCUACAUUAUAAACAGUCAUCAUCUGGUGAUGAGAAGCCGUUUCGAAUAACAUAACUAAGUUCUAAUCAUGGAGUCUAUCAUUAUCCAAAAACUCCAUCACGUAGACGACAGGAUAGACAUCGACGAAUCGAACCUAACGCCGAUCCAAGAGUUCUACAAGGACGCCAAGGUCUUUGUGACGGGUUUUACUGGGUUCAUCGGGCAAAUCCUCGUUGAAAAACUCCUAAGGUCAUGCCCUGUGUCCACUAUUUACGUCCUCAUGAGACAGAAGAAGGGGAAAGAUAUAGACGUGAGGUUGCAGGAAAUAUUCGACGAUCACGUGUUUAGCAGGAUGAAGAAGGCUUGCCCAGGUUUCCGACAGAAAGUUGUGGCGAUGGAGGGUGACUGCAACCUUCCGGAUCUAGGGCUUAGCGACGAGGACAAGAAGGUGCUGAUAGAUGGGGUGAGCAUCGUCUUUCAUAUAGCGGCGACAGUUCGUUUCGAGGAAAAAUUGAAAACAGCCGUGAUUGCCAACAUCAGGGCGACCAGAGACCUGACAUUGCUUGCGCGACAGAUGUCACACCUGAAGUCGUUCGUUUAUGUGUCCACAGCUUAUGCAAACUGCUUCCAGGAUGUGAUAGAGGAAAGGAUCUGCCCAGCCAACAUCGACUAUCACAAGCUGAUAGUUAUGAGCGAGACUAUCGAGGGCUUCCUACUAGAAAAGUUGUCAUCAGAUUUCAGAGGAAAACAUGCUAACACGUAUACUUAUACGAAACAGAUAGCGGAAAAUGUCGUAAAGACAGAAAUGCAAGGAUUGCCUGCUGUAGUCUACAGACCUGCCAUUGUGUUGUCCACAUUCAAGGAACCAAUCAGGGGAUGGUGCAACAAUCUAUAUGGCGCCACAGGGAUCUUUUACGCAGCCAGUUUAGGUAUACUAAGGGUUGUACGUUGCGACCAGGACAAGUACGCCAACAUCAUACCCGCUGACAUGUGCGUCAAUGGGAUGAUAGCUUCCGCCUGGGAUGGAAAGAAGAGAUUCCAGGAAGCCAAGGACGAAAAUGGAAUAUUUGAACUGCCUGUGUACAAUUAUGAGAGUAUAAACGAUCAGUCUAGUUGGUAG